AUGAUAUCAUUGCAGUCAGAGAAAUGCAUGAUGGGCAACCUGAUCUUCUACGACAAAGAUCUGAGAGAAAGUGGCAUCGAUGUGAGUGAAGCCUCCGUGUGCUCAGGAGUGUUCACAGAGAUCUUCAAAGCAGAGCGUGGACGGAAAGAGAAACACAAGAUGUUCAGCUUCAUCCAUCUGAGCGUUCAGGAGUUCCUGGCUGCUCUUCAUGUCCAUCAGACCUUCAUUAAGUCUGGAAUCAACCUGCUGGAAAAAGAACAAACAACAUUCUGGUGGUGGUUUAAACUGUUCGGAGGGAAACCUGAUCCAAUAGUUUUCUACCAGAGAGCUGUGGACGAGGCCUUACAGAGUCCAAACGGACACCUGGACUUGUUCCUGCGCUUCCUUCUGGGUCUGUCACUGCCGGCCAACCAGAAUCUCCUACGAGGUCUGCUGACUCACACAGGAAGUAGCUCACAGACCAAUCAGAAAACAGUGGAGUACAUCAAGAAGAAGAUCAGUGUGAAUGUGUCUGCAGAGAGAAGCAUCAAUCUGUUCCACUGUCUGAAUGAACUGAAGGAUGUUUCUCUAGUGGAGGAGAUCCAACAGUCCCUGAGAUCAGGACGUCUGUCCACAGAUGAACUGUCUCCUGCUCAGUGGUCGGCUCUGAUCUUCAUCUUACUGUCAUCAGGAGAAGAUCUAAAUGUGCUUGACCUGAAGAAAUACUCUGCUUCAGAGGAGGUUCUUCUGAGGCUGCUGCCAGUGGUCAAAGCCUCCAACAAAGUUCUACUGAGUGGCUGUAAUCUGUCAGAGAGAAGCUGUGAAGCUCUGUCCUCAGUCCUCAGCUCCCAGUCCUCCAGUGUGACAGAGCUGGAC